UGUAGGUUAGCUUCCAUGUUAGAAAUUAUGGGAAAAGAAUCCCAAUGCAUUAGGUAGAGGCAGGCUAGAGAGGUGGGUGACAACUGAAAGGGUGAAUAACUACUCACUAUUUUAUCCAUGUAUAGUUAUAGAAGUUGGUGACACGGCAAAUAAAGGAGUUGGUAUUAUAUAUAAUCCUCAUUGCAUUGCAUUUUAUUGUCAUUGGCUCGGGCUCUUUCACGCACAAUCAGCUUAAACCAACCUUUCUUGUAAACUUUAUUGAUUUUGAGAAUUAAAGAGGGUAUAGACAUGGCUAGAGCAAUUGCAGUUUCUUUCUUGGUUCUGCUUCUGGCUUUCCCCACUGUAUUUGGAGCUGACCAUGAAGUUGGUGACACUGGUGGAUGGGCCCUAGGGGUUAAUUACAACACCUGGGCCUCUGGGAAAACUUUCAGAAUUGGUGACAAUUUGGUUUUCAAGUAUGACUCUACCCAUCAAGUUGAUGAGGUUGAUGAGAGUGGCUACAACAGCUGCAGCUCAAGCAACAUCAUCAAGAACUACAAGGAUGGAAACACCAAGAUUGAAUUGACUUCAACUGGCAAAAGGUACUUCUUGUGCCCCAUUUCAGGCCACUGUGCUGGAGGCAUGAAGCUGCAAAUCAAUGUGGUGGCUGGCACCCCCCCAACCACCCCAAGUGGCACCCCACCAACGACCCCUUCAAACCCUUCUCCUUCUCCUCCCUCUGACUCAGGAUCCACCAACACCACUUCACCACCAAAGCCUAGUGGAGCUGUCACUGUUUCCAGUGGCAUUGGACUUUUGGUGGGGUCUUUCUUUGCGUCAGCAAUUAUGUUUGGUUUCAUGGGCUAGGGAAGAGGCAGUGCUGUUUUCUUUUUUUCCUUUUUAUUAACAUGUUCUUGUUUUGUUGAGAGUUUGUGUGAAUUUCAUUUAAUUCAGAUGUAUAUCUGAUCCUGAUAUGUGUCUCCUUUUCAUGUUAAAAAAUGACACAUUUCAUGAGCUGUUUUCCCCCUA